AUGCAAGCUCAAGUUUCGCUCAAUGACACCGAUUAUCACGUGAAUGCCCAUUGUACCCGCGCAAAAUCACUAGACCAAACCUUCCACGACAGCAUUAUCGCGGAAGAACUAAGAACCGAGCAAGCCGUACGUUUUGAUGGAUGGAUGUCCUCAAAACCGAUUGGUGAUUUGCCGAUACCAGCAACUUCUAAUUGUCGACCCGGUUCAGCUCGCGCGAGGACUACGGAUACGAAUGAUGCUGUUCAAUUGGCUCAUGAAUUGUUUCAGGAGCUUGCAUCGCAGUGUAGAACGGUAAUUGCUUGUCGACUUAGCCCCAUGCAAAAGGCUCAAGUGGUUAGUUUGAUGAAGGCAUCUCCUGGUGCACUCCUCACAUUUGCUGUAGGAGACGGCGGCAAUGAUGUCAGUAUGAUUCAAGAGGCUCAUGUUGGUAUCGGCAUUUAUGGACACGAAGGAUUGCAAGCUGUCCGGGCUGCAGAUUUUGCUAUUGCCACGUUUCUUCAUCUCUCUCGACUUUUGCUUGUGCAUGGGCGUUGGAACCAUCGACGAGUAGCUCGGGUUAUCUUGUUUUCGUUUUACAAGAACGUGGCUUUGAUCAUGACGUUAUUUCUUUACAACGAGUUCUCGGGACAAACAAUGUACGAGUCUUACCUGAUGGUUGGAUGGAAUGUACUGUACACGGUCCUACCGAUUUUCGUGCUUGGAAUCACUGAUGAGGAUAUUCGGGAUAGUGCUGUGCUUCGCUUUCCAUUUGUAUAUCGAAUAUCUCUCAGGAAAUGCGAACUAAGCAUUCAACGACUGGGUGUAGCGGUCGUGAACGCGCUGUUUCAUUCUUGUCUGGUGUUUUUCUUUGUGUCGAAAACGGUGAGUGGAGUGUCGUCAAAGUCAAGUCUUGCUAACGGCUUGUUUCCGGAUGGAACUGCUGUCUACGGAGCAUUGAUAAUCACUGUGACGUUAAAAGCUUCUCUCCACAUGCAAUGCUUAUAUCGCUGGACGCGAGCUCACUACAUCUCUCUCUUUGGAAAAUUUGUAGCCUACAUUUUGUUUGUAGUGUCAUACUCGCAAGCGUACCGAAUAUUUCCAGACUUUGACGUGUUUCGCGAUUUCCACGGUCUAGCACAAAUGCUUUCCACGGAGAUGCUCAAUGACAUCAUUCGUGAGAUUGAUAGUGGAUUUGGCGAUCACCCUGCUGUACUUGUUCGCAACACCGAUAGCUCUACUGCCAAUAUCCAUGCAACAAAGGUAGUCUAUAGUUCAUACGGUCGUCAACACUUUCGCGAUUUUGACCAACCUUCCGAGUACGAUGAAUUAUCGAAACAACUUGUCUCGAUACAGCGUGAUUUUGCUCGGGAGAUUGAACACCUCGACGAUUGCGUGCAAGAAGAUUACGUGCAUAGCUCACGAGCAUUACGUCUGCAGCCACCCGUGCACCCUGUGACCUUGGAGUUUAUGGGUGACGAACAUCAAAGUUUUGAAGGGAAGUACGAAAUCACAUUUGCCUUUUGUGAGCGAAGUCGUGUGAUGUUAUGCUUGAAAGUGAUGGCAUUCAUGACGCCACUUUAUGCAGCUUACGAACUGUUGUGGGAACAUGAAUCGAUGUACAUUUGGAUUCGCGUGGGAUACUUUGCUGCGAUUCUCUUGCCUUACUGCAUCGUUGGAAUGGUCCUUACGCUCACAAUCUCAGACACGGGUAAAUUGGCUGCUGCACUGUAUCCAGUUGGGCUAUUUGUGGUCAUUCGCGUCAAGUUUCUUCAUGCACUGCUGCUCUCACUGUACAAUUUUGCCUUCUACAUGCUCUCGGAUCGACUGUGCUCAGUGAAUUACAGCAACAGUGUCGAUUUGUCGGAUCGUAUACUCUUUGCGCUCUACUUGGUGUUUGUCAUCACUUUUGAGGCCUAG